AUGUCAACAGCAUCUAAAAUAACACUUGGAUUAUCAUGUUCAUUUGCCCUUGGUGCAUUUAUAUUUAUUAAUUAUUCUCAACAAGCUGAAAGAGAAGCAUUACGACAAGGACCAAUUAAAGAUGCUAUUCGUCAACAAGCUAAAUUACAAUUAAAUAAAGAAAAAACUCAAAAACAAUUAGCUAAUGAAUUAGAACAUAAAGAACAAAUGGAAUUAAGAGAAAAAUUAAUUAAAUCACAACCUUUAAUGGAUGAAAUUAUUCGUGGUGAAGAAGGUAAAAUUAUACCUCCUAAAGAAUACGAAACAUAA